UGACCUGGUAGAAUUGCUUCUCUCUCUCUCUCUCUCUCUCUGACUUACCCUGUUUGCCAUCUGCACAACUUUUAUGUUUGUCCUUGCUGUGUCUUCUUUGCCCAGCAUUCUCCAUGCAUGUCUCUCAUCGGUAGACAUCCUGAAUGAUCCAUGUGCUGUUUUUUUUCCCUGAUUCUCAUCCUCUCAAAAUCUUAGAGGCGAUGUUAUACCCAUGAAGUGCGGCCGUUAUGGUUCAUUCAGCUGGCUGUCCCUCAGAAAUCGUGUGAUCAAGUCCGAUCAACAGAUGAUGAUGAAGCGCCGAAUCAGCGCAAUUGGGAAGGCAGUGCUUCAGCCCGGCGUAGCUCCUCCAUGCGCGUGGAAUGUUGCCGUGUCUCUCCGUCAAACGCUCUCCAUCUUCGCUACCCAAUUCGCAUCCGAGCAGGACCUCCAUUCCCAUCCACCGCCGUCAACGGGGACUUCGCCGGACGGGGCGUCAAGAUCGAGCCAGGCGGUCUCGCCCACUUUCGAUCUACGCCGGGAGUACACGCUCUCUCUUCAAACCAGUUCUUAUAACGAGAUUCGCUCCGUGAUUUACGUUGAAGGAUGCAGUCAGGAAGAGCAGGAAGUGGAUCUUCAAGAGCAAGAAGGCAGCGGGUCGACCCAGGAGUGGGUGCUGCAUCGCGUUCUGCAACCGAAUAGGGAAUCCGUGGGGGUGGCACUCAGGCACGCCAAGGACAAUAAGCUUACCCGAUUGGUCUCUUCAUACUUCGACCACAGCGAGAACACGUCCAAAUUCUGCCUUUUGAUUUGCCAAAGUGUGUGCCGCGCCCGCGACAUGUACUCUCCUCUUGUUGAGCUUCUCGAAGUCCUUCCUCUCGAUGCGGAUUCAUGUAGUCAAUCACAGUGCAACACGGUUCAUGAAGUCUUUGUCCAAUUUGACUGCCUCGACAACCCCUUCGAUUCAGUCGGCUCCAGUGACUUCAGCGAAAUGUGUAGCGGCUUUUCAGAGCUCAAGCAACAGCUGCACCGUAGACUACUGAAGUCCAAAUCAAGAGUUAAAUUUGUUCGCCCUGCCAUUGCAGGGUCUGCACUUUGUCUCAUCGGUACUGCAGUUGCUGCUGUUGCGUCUGCCAUUGGUGUCACAGCCCAUGCACUCAUUGCAUUUGUUAGUGCUCCAUGCUUGAUGGUGUAUCUUCCACGUGACAAAUUCUCAAAGAAAGAGCUUGCCAAUGCUGCUCAACUUGAUGCUGCUGCCAGGGGUUGUGUUCUCAGCCAUGACUUGGACACUAUCGAUCGCCUUGUCAAUCGUCUGCAUUCUGCUGUGGAGCAUGACAGACAAUCGAUCCAGAUUGGAUUGGAGAGAGGCAAGGAUAAAAAUCUCAUACUAGGGGUGGUGCAAGAGCUCCGCAAGGACCAUGCUAAGUUCCUUGAUGGUCUAAAGGAACUCGAGGAUCGCAUAUGCCUAUGCUUCAACAUGGUCAACAGGGCCAGAAAACUUCUCCUUGAAGAGAUUACCUCCCAUAGUUCUAUUGUUUCCUGACCAUUUACUUACAUGAUAUGAGAAAGUACUAAUUGAAUUGUACAUUCGUACUGAUUUAAUUGGGCAAGGUCCCUGCCUGCUAACAGCUGAUGGUUGUGAACAAUACAAAAGUAAUAGCGGGAUGUCACAGUAUUGUUUAUGUAUUUCCCCUCUAUAUGUGCAAAUUUUUUUUUA